GGAAAAAUUAUUCUGAUAUUUUCCAGUACGACAUUCUUUUAUUGGUCAGGCAGUAAUUCAACAUUAAUCAGGCUUAGUCAGGCGCGAUCAAGCUCAGAUUCGCACACAUAACCUAUAAUUGGGUCCCUAAAUCAGGGAAAACCAUCUGGUCUAUACGCGUCGAUCAGGCUGCCUGACAAGCGUUUUCUAUUGGCAGAUGCAAAACAUUGGCGAGACGUCUUAAAGUUUUUUACUUUUAUACAGUAGUGAUAAGUUAAAAAAAUCAUAAAAAUGAGUAUGAUGGGAUUGAUUGUGUCUGGACGACUGGUUCAAACAGAUUUUGCACAAAUUACUGAUCACCACUUUCUAAUAACAGUUCCUGAUGCUGACAACAUCAACCAUGUAGUUGUUUUCCUCACAGGAACAGUUCCAUUUGCAGAAGGCAUGGGUGGUGCUGUAUACUUUAGUUGGCCUGAUCCAAACUCACCUCCAAAUUGGCAGUUUUUAGGAUAUAUAUCAAAUAGUAAACCAUCUGCAAUUUUCAAAAUUUCAAAUUUGAAAAAAAAUCAUGAGUUUGAAAAUACUAAUCUUGGAGUGUUUGGGCAAAAUAUUUCUCAUGUUGCUCAGAUUGGUGUGUCUGUUGAUCCUCUUCACAUUAUAGAACAACAAGCAGCUAUAGCUACUCAAACCUCAACAAACACGUUUGUAGAAUUUGCACAAAAAAUGAUUACUGGUUUUUUGAACUAUGUAUCUAGUUUUUCGGUAACACAAGCACAGAUGACGCCAAAUCCUACAGAAAAUUAUGUGCCUCUAUCCUCUAUACAAGGUUGGUAUGAGACAUUUGAAAGACGGUUACAACAAAACCCAAAUUUUUGGAAACAAUGAUUAAAGUCUGAAGACAUCUGGAGUUUGGUGCAUUCUUACUCAUUGCUGCAUUUGAGUCAGGAAAAUUAUCCAUGUUGUACUCAAGUGGCAUAAAAAGUAAACUGUAUUUGUACUUUCUUGCCCACUCAUCGAUUAAAUAUUAGUUGUAAAAUUUUUAUACGCUCAAGAUGUUUUGUUGAUAAUGAAAAGAAUAAUGACCUCAUGUUUGAAACAAAGUAAAGAGAAACUGAUCAAUCUGGAGUUUAGGUGAUUUGAAAAUAAAUGUGUACAAGACAUUACUUUGUCAUUAAACUGAGCUUUCAUUUCU